AUGGAUGAUGGUAUUGAGGCCCUCUUCUUCUACAAUGGUAAAGUUGAAGCAUGGUGGGAGAGUAAACAGACAGCUCCUUUGUCAUUGGGCACACCCAUUUUCGACCUCCUUCAAGCAAACCACCCUGUCUUAUUGAUGGAUCCAAUACAUGACGAUACUGUCUAUGUCUACCAUGCUUUUGGCGUCCAUGUCCUUAAUUUUGGAGACCUGCUGCAAUGCUUCACUGGCAGACUCCAUGCAGAUGACAAUGAUGGUGUUGCAUUGAACCAAGCAUUGCAAAAGUGGGCAGGCAUGCAUGUUGUGCCCUUGCUGAAUACCUAUUCAGUGGACUGA